UGCCCAGUUCAAGUCCUCUCUCUGCCGGCUGUAAUGAUUUAUAUCUUGGAGGGAAAUCGUACGCCUCCUGGAGUUAUUUACCAGAUUGAUGCAUCUGAUCCUGAACAGUCACAACUCACAUAUUCAUGUACUCCUGUGUCAGAGUCAUUCACUGUCUCUCAAACUGGAACCAUUUCUUCCACAAAAGAAUUUGAUUUUGAGAGAGAUCCACAUACUUAUGUGUUAAACAUAACAGUGACAGACCGCCUAGGGCUGAGCACCACCAGGACAGUGAUAGUCAACAUCAUUAACACCAAUGAUGAAACACCUUACUUUACCACGAAAGAGAGAGUCUACAGGAUUCCAGAGGAAACCAGCCCAGGAACUGUUGUUGCCAAUAUAACAGCUAAAGAUCCAGAUGGUGAAGGCAUUGUCAGCACACUUGUCUACAGCAUCAGUCCACCUAAUAUGCAUUUCUCCAUAAAUCCAUUCACUGGUGUGAUUUACGUGGCUAUGCGAAUAGAUCGAGAUGCUGCUCCCCUACGGCUACAUCCUAACAUCUCAUUGGUCAUUCAUGUGGAGGACAAUCCCAGUGGUGGGCAAACGAAUGAAAUGGAGAUAACAGUCAUUAUAGAAGAUCUCAAUGACAACCCACCAGAAUGUAGCUUCUACAACUUCAGACUUGAGGUAUACGAAACAGCCACCACUGGGACACUUCUCCUUGACCUGCGAGAUCACUGCCAGGAUAUAGAUGUUGAACCAUCAAAUAAUGAAUUUAACUUCACUGGAUUGUCUGGACUUGGAAGUAACAAAUUCACACUGAAUCCAUCUGGCUCAGGAAGAAUUGUGUUGAUUGGAGAUCUGGAUUUCGAAAAUCCAGAUAAUCUAGCAGUUGAGGAAUAUACUUUGACAGCUGUGGUGCAAGAUAUUGCCCAGCCUUACUAUACUAAUAAUAUCUACAUUUACAUCAAAAUAACUCCAGUGAAUGAGUUCUUCCCAGUCUUCAAUAGCCCAUCCUACGUAUUCAAUGUUUCAGAAAUUACUCGAGCUGGAUCCAGCAUUGGAGAAGUGAGUGCAACAGACAAGGAUUUACCAUUUACUGGAAUCACAUAUUCCAUUGUAGCUGGAGGAGGUACCCUUUCUUACACAAAUAUAUUUUGGAUCGACCCAAAUGAAGGAAAUCUGGAGAUUAUAGCAACAUUAGACUAUGAAACAACGCAGAGGUACAUCCUCACAGUGCAAGCUUCUGACACAGAGAAACUUGCUACAGUGUCCGUAACCAUCAAUGUUCUUGAAGUAAAUGAUGAAAAACCAGUUUGUUCAGCCAAUACCUAUUCAUUGGCAAUCCCGGUAGACCUAGCUGUUGGGACCAACAUUGAGGGUUUCAGGAUAGAGUGUGUCGAUCGUGAUUCUAGUCCCAGAUCUCUCCGGUACUUCAUUAAUUCAGGUAAUGUGAAUAAUCAUUUCACUUUUUCACCAAGUGCUGGCUCCAACAUCUCUCAGUUGAUUCUUGCAUCUAGAUUUGACUAUGACAGUGGUUUGGAUACAGUCUGGGACUACAGACUGCGCGUCUAUAUAACAGAUGACAAUUUGCUGUCGGGUUCUAACAGAGCUACAGCCCUCAUUGAAACUGGGACAGUGACAUUAAGCAUCAGAGUUAUCCCAAACCCGACUACUACUACCACUACUACACCUGCCAUUACACUUCUGAUCAGAACAGAAAAUGUUUAUUCUGAAUCAGCUUGGUAUGUGCCGUUCCUCAUUUCUGUUGGCAGCAUGCUACUGCUUGGACUGCUUGGAUACCUAUCCUUCCUGCUGGCAAAAUAUAUCCGUACCUACUGUCCGCCAAAACCCAAAGCAGAUAAAAGACCACUGAAAAACACACCAGAAAAGAAGAAAGUUAAGAAAGAAGAAGUUUGGGAAAUGACCAAGAUAAACACAGUCUUUGAUGGAGAAGCCAGAGAUCCAGUCACUGGCAAAAUGUAUGAAUACAAUUCAAAAUCCGGGGCCCGAAGAUGGAAAGAUACAAAGGAGUUGGUGGAGCCAGGAAUAAAGGAUCCACUUGCACAGGUAAUUUCAACUGCCCCAGCAAACAGCAGUGAAGGGAAAGACAGAACAGGGACUCCAAGCAAGCAAGAAGCUGGAACAACUGGCAGAGAGCUGGCAGCAGAGAAUAACAUGGCAGCAAAGCCCUCAGAAGGGAAGGCAGAAACUUCUAGCCAGGAUAGCCUGAAAUUAUACAAGCCAAAAGAUGGAGCUGGGGGCAAGGGAUCAUCCUCACCAGGCAGGUCACCAGUGCCCUCUCCCAAAAUAUACCCUCAGUUACAGCCAAAACCAGCCUUAAAGAAUGUGGUGUGA